AUGAGACUUUCAUCGCGAAAGGGAGCUUCGCUUCGAGAAGAGUUACGUCGACACUCCCACUACAUCCGUGACACCCUCGUCCCACGCCUCGCCAAGGAACCCAAGCUAAACCAAUCUGACAUUGUCUGCCUACAAUCCAUCUUCAAAACCCUUGAUGCAGUCCCAAUGACACUGGAGAUCCUCCGCUAUUGCCGUAUCGAAAAAGCGCUAAUGCUCAUGGCAGCCACAAGGAAUGUUUGCUGGCCAAUGGAUGUACUGGUACAUGCAGGAGACUUGAUCACAAAAUGGGAAAACGAGCUGGGACCGUUGAAAUACCUCAGGGCUGAUCUCUACGGUCCAGGAGGGAGAAUGGAGGGAGUGAGGAAGAUGAGCUGGAAAGAUGGACGUGUACCGGACGAUGAGUCGAAAUCGGCUUGGUCUGUUGAGGGAGCACCGAAGCCAUCUCGAGCACACGCCUUCGGUCACCUCGGCUUUGAGGUCGGCGACUGGUGGCUCAAGCCUGCAGCUGCGUACCGCGACGGCAUCGUCGACGAGACCUCUCACGGCAUCACCGCCAACGAAAACGGCGCCUACGCCAUCGUCCUGACAGGCAGCUGCGAGAUAGACCUCGGGCGAGACGGUGAGAUCACAUACAAAGCCGCGGUGAGCGAUCCCGGGGUGUUCAGGCUCACGAAGACGAUGCUGCGCGCAGAUCCAGAAGAGAAAGUCGUGCGAGUGCUCAGAAGCUGGAAAUUGAGGAGCAAGAUUGCGCCAAAGGCUGGAUUGAGAUAUGAUGGCCUGCACGUUUCCCGUCCCUCCAAGGGGAGCCCCGCUAAUACCAGAGAUUGCCACAGCUACCGCAUCCUCUCCUUCUCCGUCCAUCUCUCUCAACCCAACACCUGGCAAACAGCAUUCACCCUCUCCCGCCUCCCAACCCAACUGUCUCUCCUUCACGCCCUCCACAUCCCCACCUCGGACCAACUCGACGACUGGAAAGACUACCAGCGACUCAAGCUCGUCGACCGCGGCGAAGAUUUUGAAAUGCUACGGGAUAUGCUCGCGCAACGGGGAGGAGCGGGUGAAGAGAUGGGAGAUGGUGGAGGUCUGAACGAUGAAAGACACGGCAGUGUGGACAGUGGAUAUUUUUCGAAGAGGAGUUCAAAGGCUAUCAGUAUUGGCGGUGGUGGUAGGAGGGACUCGAUCCUCAUAGAUGAGAUGGGGAAGACGGUUAAGGGGGAAGAUGACAAGGAAGUCGAUGAGGGAGCCGAAGAGGCAGAUGACGAGGGAGCGGGUCUGGAAGACCUGGAAGAAAUAGAGGAGGAAGAGGAAGAGAACGACGGGAAAGGAAAAGGUCUCAACAGCAACGGCGACGAAGACCGGGCCAAAAAUGAGGGCACAGCACGGCCCAAUGCCACCCGGACACCGACGCCCGAGCACCUCAGCCACGCCUUCCCACAACCGCGCAUCGGCACUCGCUUCGUCUCGCCCCGGAAGCCUGCCGAUUGA